CUGUCCCGGCUCCGCACAGGGUAAGGUGAGGCCUCUUCUGCCACAGUGGCGUUUCCCUCACAUUUCAUUCUCUUCCUUUGGUCCGCCUGCAAACGCCAGACAGCUCAGUGGGCCCCGGGGGAAACGACCAUCAGAGACUGAAGCAAGUCUGAGAGCUCGAACACAGGCGUCCCGUUUGGAAGUGUCCAAGGAGACCGCCAGAAGUGCGCCAGCCGGAGUCUGAGAGUUUCCUUCUGGCCGAGAGGGGGAGCCCCGCGUUCCCAGCCGGGAGCGACCCGGAGUCCCGAGCCUCGAGCCCCAGCCGCCGCCAGUUUUAGCUUCAGCGGGUUGGGAAGAGGAGGGAGGGGGCAGAGAGCGCGAAGAGGGAGGGCACCGGGGCCGGAGGGUCCCGAGUCCAGCGCUGUCUCGACGUCGAGAAACUUUCCCUCUCGGCCGCAGAAACGGCGCCCCGGCCGUGUCGGAGCGGAGAUCGCUCGGCGGCGAGGACGCGGCAGCGCUCCACGCCCCUGCCCGAAGCCUGAUCCGACCGCAUCAGUCCGUAAGGUAUGGGGAGACAGCGAUUUGUGUGGGGUCUUCCCCGCUGCAAGCCCAGCCUCCCGUCAGUCAUAUGUGAUUCCAUAUGAUAUACAUAGGAGAGAAAGUGACUGAAGAACUCAGAUGGCAACUAUAUGAUUGAAACUAUUCAAAGUCAAACAGCUGCAUAUUCUUUCAACUAUAUCCGAGCGUACUCAGGAUAUCAAGUGUGAUUGAACUCAACGUCUGUUUGGCUGAUCAUCAUGAAUCGUGCUUUUAGCAGGAAGAAAGACAAAACAUGGAUGCAUACGCCUGAAGCUUUAUCAAAACAUUACAUUCCCUAUAAUGCAAAGUUUCUUGGCAGUACAGAAGUGGAGCAGCCUAAAGGAACAGAAGUUGUAAGAGAUGCUGUGAGGAAACUAAAGUUUGCAAGACAUAUCAAGAAGUCUGAAGGCCAGAAAAUUCCUAAAGUUGAGCUGCAAAUAUCAAUAUAUGGAGUAAAAAUUCUAGAACCUAAAACAAAGGAAGUCCAACACAAUUGCCAGCUUCAUAGAAUAUCAUUUUGUGCUGAUGAUAAAACUGACAAGAGGAUAUUCACUUUCAUAUGCAAAGAUUCUGAGUCAAAUAAACAUUUGUGCUAUGUAUUUGACAGCGAAAAGUGUGCUGAAGAAAUAACUUUAACAAUUGGCCAAGCAUUUGACCUGGCAUACAGGAAAUUUCUAGAAUCUGGAGGGAAAGAUGUCGAAACAAGAAAACAGAUCGCAGGAUUACAGAAAAGAAACUUAGUGUUCUCAUGUGACUUUGCUUCACUUCCUGAUGCUUCUCAUGGGGAUCAGAGCAGCAGAAGCAGCAGAUGCUGGAUUCAAGACUUAGAAACCGAAAACAUGGAACUUAAAAACAGAGUGCAAGAUUUGGAAAGCCAAUUAAGAAUAACCCAAGUAUCAACAUCUCCAGCAGGCAGUGUGACACCUAAGUCACCCUCCACUGACAUCUUCGAUAUGAUACCAUUUUCUCCAAUAUCACACCCAUCUUCAACACCUACCCGCAAUGGCACACAGCCACCUCCAAUACCUAGUAGAUCUACUGAGAUUAAACGGGACCUGUUUGGAGCAGAACCUUUUGACCCAUUUAACUGUGGAGCAGGGGAUUUCCCUCCAGAUAUUCAAUCAAAAUUAGAUGAGAUGCAGGAGGGGUUCAAAAUGGGACUAACUCUUGAAGGCACAGUAUUUUGUCUCGACCCAUUAGACAGCAGGUGCUGAUGUCAAGAACAAGAGAUCCAGAUUUGUGUUUAAUUUGUUUUUCUAUACAUGUACAUCAUUCAUUAUUAUUUUAUGAAAGGUAGUAUUCAUGUGCCAAUAUAUUUUUGAAAAUCUUAACUUUUUGAAAAUUAUUUUAGUAAAAUGUUCAUUAUUGAUCUAUAACAUUUAUUUCAAAAACAACUAAUUGUAAAGUAAAUCAUACUUUUAUGUUCCUUUCUGUUUCUCUUGUAGAUGAAUUUAUAAUCAAAAAACAGAUUACCCAAAUAUCUGUCUUGUGUCUGAGUUCUAAAUAAUUAGCAUCUUGAAAUUUGUGUUCAUUCUCCAGGCUGCUAGUUCAUUAUUGAUUCCCAAAAGCCAUACUUUAAUGAUACCUUUCAAAGUCUUGACAAGAUAUACCAAUGCCAAGCUAAAUAUGUUCUAUAUUCAAACCAAUAAACAUGUUACCAUCCAUUAGACAGAUGUUAUUUUAUGGAUUAAAUGUUGUUCAUGUCAUUGCAAAAUGAAACUUUGAAUAUAAUGCCACGAGGUCAUUUGUAGCAAGUAAAAUAGCAAAAAUAUAAUUACCAAUAAUAAUUAAACCAAAUAGAGUAUUUGUUAGCAAAAACAAAGUAAUAGUGUUAUCUAUUAUUAUCAGUUAUACUCUAAGUCUUUUAUUUAUUUCAUAAAUAAAGAUUAUGGGAAAAAAUGAAAAUUUGCUCUUCGCAAAACACUUAAUAUUUAAUUUCUAAUGAGAUAAGGUAGACACCUAUCUAAUGAGAUAAGGAUUUACAUUGCUAAGCAUCUCAACAUCAUCUGAGCUAAUAUUUCCUAAAAAAAUAUUUGAAAUUUAGGCUGUCUAUGGUUGCAAUGUCUAUUACCCAUGUAUACUUUACCAACUAUAUUUUUUCUCACUGAAUAAUAUUAUUCUUCUCGUAUUUUCUCCUUUUCAUAGAUAUUUUCUCACCAAAUUUUAUUUUGUGAUGACCCAUUAGUUUUGAUAUUUUGAAAUCUAUGACAACUAUUCUUUAUGAAUCAUCAAUAUUAUUUAGCAAAUUUAAUUUGUAUUUGUUUUUGUUGAAGUCAGAAUCUCAUUUUUCACAAAAAACAAGUGGCUUCUCAGUUUGGUUCAACAUAAACAAUAAAAUUUUCUUGUACUUAAUUCAUAAUGUGUUGAUGAGCUCUGACCCUUAAAAAUGUUUGCUUCCUAUGCAUUUGCCCAUUAUGUAAUAACCUUUAAUUUGUACUCAGUGCAAGAAAAAUCUAUGGUCAAAAUUUAAAAUUUGGUUCAUCGCAUCAUAAGAAAAAUAGAUUAAAUUUGAAAAUAUGAGCUUAGAUUAGGGGUAGAUCUUAAAAGUAGAUUUUUAUUUUACUCAUGGGAAUUUCUGUCAAGUGCUAAAGGUACAUAUUCAGUAGGAAAAGAAAUCAAAUAUGCUUAUGCAAUAUUAUAUUUGUAUGUACCUUCAUGAUGUUCUAUGGUAUAUAUAAGCCUUGUUUUCUGUUAUCUGCUAAGUUGUACCUUAAUUAGAGGUUAGUAUAUGUUUCAUAAAGAAGAAUCUUUAUAAUUUUGUUUGCCAUAUAGUAUUUUGGAAUUUGUAUAAUGAGGAUGUUUAGAAGCCAUUUCAAUGGCUUUUUUUUAACAGAUAGAAUUUGUAUUUUUAUUGUACUUUAAAAAGCUUUAUGUAAUAGGUAUAUAUUUAGCAGCCAUUUAUUAUCAAUGGUAACACAAUAGAGUACUAAGAUGGUAUUUGCACACUUAAGACAUGUUACUUUACCAAUUUUUAAUGGUAAUCAGUUCUGCUACUGGCAUGACUAAAUAGUACAUAAUUGGUCAUUAAGUAUGAACAUUUAUUUCACCAGUGCAUUUUUAUGAAGAUCCAGUUGAAAAUUGUAUUUCUAUGUAAACUCAAUGAUAUGUUUGAUUUUGCUGAGA